UGCCAGAGCAUCACAGCGCGCCCUGAUCCAUGCGUUUUGUUCGGGACCUCGCAGCUUGAAGGAUGUCAUGAGAAUGAGCCAGUAGCUGGCCCUAGCGCAAGAGAUGGAUGGAAGUGCCGCAACCUACGUGCCGCGCUCGUCCACCCUGGCACGGCCGCGCGUGGCGCUGGAUGUGGAUGAGGUGCUCUGCCGCACUGCUGAAGCCUUCUGCACCUGGCAGACCGGGCAGCCUGGGAUGGAUCUGACGGAAUGCUUCCAGAGAUGCUACUCUCAUGACGCCUCUGCCAUGCGAGAGCAGUUUCUUUGUUCCGAUUUCUCCCUGAUGGCCGAGCCCGUGCAGGGCAGCCAGGAGGCGCUGCAGCAGCUCAAGGCCGCGGGCUUCGAGUUGCACGCCGUCACCUCACGGCCCGGCAGCUGCAAGACCAGCAGCGAGCGCUUCUUGGCGCGCUGUUUUCCAGCCUUGAUCAGUGGUCUGCACUUCGCGUCGUCCACAGGACCCAGCAAGGGCCAGCUGUGCCGGCAAUUGGAAGCCGUUGUCCUGGUGGAUGAUCAAUUGCAGAAUGUCAUGGAUGCUGUGGCGCAUGGUGUCAGAUGUGUGGUACUCGACCUGCACGGGCAAUACGCUUGGAAUCAUGGCGCUGUGCCGGGCGACUCCAUCCGGCUUCACUCCUGGCCAGAGGUCGCCAGUUUUCUGAUUGGGUCAAGCGGUAGCAACUCACAUGUUCCGGCCUCUGCUGCCUCCCAUGCAUCUCAUUUCGUGCCACAGACGCACUCCGAGUUUGGCGGUGGCAGUGUGCCCAACUCCUUUGCUCAGACAUCUCAGAACGGAUACACUGCACCAGUGCCUUUGCCGCCUACUGCAAGCAUGCCAUCGCCGUCGCCACAGCCGCAGCUUCCAAAGAGAAGCCCAGCCUUUCCAUCCGCAAGGAGCACGGCCUAUGCCUUGGGUCAAGGCCCGCUGGGGCCUUCGAGUCUUCCGCAGACCGCGAAACAGGAGUUGCAGACGCAGCAGCUGCGCUUGUCGGAGGUGGUUCCACAGACGCUGGGGCCGAGCUCUGUGCCUCAAACGGCUGUGCCACAGACGGCCUUGCCUCAGACAGCAUACUCCACGGGCACCCGCGAGGUGGUCUUCAAGCCUCGGCAGCCGCUGGGCAUCUUCGUCUCCGACCUGAAGAACGGCCACGUCAGCCACGUGCUGGAGGGCCAGGCCAUGGAGCAGGGGCUGGAGCCGUACUUCGUUAUGGUAGCCAUUGAUGGACAGCCAUACAGUGAGGGCCUGCUUGAGCAGAAGAAGAAUGGCAAUGUGCCCUACAGCGUAGCUGUCAAAAUGGUCCCUCCACCUGAUGCUGAAGUCGUCCUGGAGUGUAUCAAGGUGGUGGGCCAGGACGCUGCCUCGCUUCCCGCGGAGCUGCGGGUCCGGGAGCUGGAGGUGCACUCAGAGCCCACCUUCGUGGGACGCGCCGAGCAGGCAGAUUUCUUUCAAAAGUUGCUGCCGGAUGAGGAGCUACGGAACUGUAUCUCGCGCAAGCACUUCAGCUUAUCCUGGGCUGGGGCGCUACAAUUCACGCGGCUUUCUGUGAAUAGCAUCUUUGUGAACCAGGUUUUUGCGCCAUUGAAUGGAACAAUGUUCCUGCCCGAUGGUGCUGUUCUCUACCUUUGCAGCAGCGGCGAUGAUGCUAUUGUGCCGAAGGGGCGAAAGAAGAAUGCGUCAUGCGUGAAUCCACUUGAGCUGAUGUCCUUCAUGCAGGAGGAGAUCGACGAGCAAGUCCCUGUCGCAGUCUUUCGCGUUGCGGUGCGAAAGGUUGGCGGCAAAGAGGUGGAGCGGUUGCCAGCCCCGGCCGCACCGGCAGCACCAGCAGAGCCCGCCAGGGCUUGCCUGGUUUGUACGUCUUCGCACACGGUGAAGGUGGACGCGCUCCCCUUGGGACGGCGCUCCAUCCCGCUGCAGCCGCACACCCGGGUCGGACGCGAGCACCAACAGGCCUUUUUCGAGGCCGUGCUGGGUCAGGAGAGCCCAUACUGGACAGCCAUAUCUCGAACUCACUUGGAGCUGGCGGAGGUUGCCCAGGGCAGCUUUUCGAUCCGGAAUCUGAGUGUGAACCAUAUCAUGGUGGCCGGUCGGCAGCUGCAGCGAGGGGAGCAGGGAUCGGUGCAGGUGAACAACAGCAUUGACUUCCUGGCGGUGCCGCCAGGAGCUGCCGCCUCUGCAGUCCCGCAAUGCUUCCUGCGACUGGAGCUGGUGUCGGAGGACACGAGCACACCGCAGGCGCCGCCGGCACGGGCGCCUGGCUUCUGGCUGGAGGUGUCUGGCAGCGCAGUGCUCCAAACCUCUGCGAGGAAGGUGCAUGCUGGUCCAGAUGGGAAGAUUGUGAUUGGCAGGGCCUGGCAAUAUGAGUUGCACAAGAAGGCUCUUCGCGAAGAGGUCCAGACCUUUGUUAGCCGAGAACACUUCCGUGUUGAGGAGCAGCGGCAGGCGGUGAACGCGGUGUUUCCCCAGAAGCCGCUGCUGCGGCUAACUGCCCUCAGCGCGAAUCCCAUCUGGCUGCAGCGGGCCGGGCAACUGCAGCAGCUGUCCAAAGAGGAAGCUGUGGAUGUGGAUGUGGGCGAUUGCAUCCUGCUGUACACAGGCGCCAGCAACGGAUUGCCGGAGGGGCCUGGAUCUGCCGGCUCGCUGCUGUGGACUGUGGGUCGCUGACGCGUAGAGAUCUCACCUUCGCUAAUGCAAGGGUAAGGCUUCCCCUUCGCCCAAAGAGGUGCAAGCCAUG